CCAGGCAGUGGUUGCAACAUCGCCGCCGAGGCAGCGAGCAGAGCUGACAGCCCAGAGCUGGCGCUGCGGGACUCAGGGAGCCUUGCGGGUUCCUCUGGCUGGCGUCUGCGAGUACAGCAGCGGCUGACCCUCUCGGGUUCGGGGAUUUACAGAGACGUGGAGCGAUGCUUGUGACUCUGCAGCUCCUCGAAAACCCAUUUACAGAUGACAAAACUAAGGCCCAAGGCCUAGAAAUGAAAGAACUCAUCCACAACAGCACUGCUAGGCAAAGGGCCCUUAGAAGCCUGUUUCUCGGCGCAGUCCAGGACCUCCAGCCCCAUGGAGCCCCCGAUCCCACAGAGCGUCCCUUUGACUCCCAGCUCAGUCAUGGUGCAGCCCCUUCUUGAUAGCCGAAUGCCCCACAGUCGGCUCCAGCACCCGCUCACCAUCCUUCCCAUUGACCAGAUGAAGACCAGCCACGUGGAGAACGACUACAUUGACAACCCUGGCCUGGCCCCCACCACCGGCCCCAAGCGGCCCCGAGCUGGGGCCCCAGAACUGGCCCCAACACCUGCCCGCUGUGACCAGGAUGUCACCCAUCACUGGAUCUCCUUCAGUGGGCGCCCCAGCUCUGUCAGCAGCAGUAGCAGCACCUCCUCUGACCAGCGGCUCCUAGACCACAUGGCCCCACCCCCUGUGGCCGAGCAGGCCUCGCCCAGGGCAGUGCGCCUCCAGCCCAAGGUGGUCCACUGUAAGCCGCUGGAUCUCAAGGGCCCAGCAGUCCCACCAGAGCUAGACAAGCACUUCUUGCUGUGCGAGGCCUGUGGGAAGUGUAAGUGCAAGGAGUGUGCGUCCCCCCGGACGUUACCCUCCUGCUGGGUCUGCAACCAGGAAUGCCUGUGCUCGGCCCAGACCCUGGUCAACUAUGGCACAUGUAUGUGCCUGGUGCAGGGCAUCUUCUACCAUUGCACCAAUGAGGACGAUGAGGGCUCCUGCGCCGACCACCCCUGCUCUUGCUCCCGUUCCAACUGCUGCGCCCGCUGGUCCUUCAUGGGUGCCCUCUCCGUGGUGCUGCCCUGCCUGCUCUGCUACCUGCCCGCCACUGGCUGCGUGAAGCUGGCCCAGCGUGGCUAUGACCGCCUGCGCCGCCCUGGUUGCCGCUGCAAGCAUACGAACAGCGUCAUCUGCAAGGCAGCCAGCGGGGAUGUCAAGGCCAGCAGACCCGACAAGCCUUUCUGACACUUCGGGUUGAAGCCCCAGUGCUGCCCCUGGAAACAUGGUUCCUCCUGCCAGUCUCCUGAGGCUGACCUUGCUCAUCUGUCCUCUCCACCUCCCUAGAUUGGGAAGAAGCAAGCAGAGACAACCAUCACCCACCCUCUGUUUCCCAAAAGGAUGAAGAUGUACUCUGGGUUUUUUUAGGGUCCUGGAACUUUGUGUCAAGCAGACAGUGGCAGGGGCAGGGUGUGGUUUCUGGGGGGGGAUUUUUCUUUUUCAGAAGAUGGAACACAGAUGUGGACGCAUUUCCCAAGUUGCAGCUGCUUGAUGGCCUAUUGGGUCCUCGCUCCUCCCUCCCUCUCUCCCUUUUCCAUUGUCUUUGGCUCUCACAGAAGCUGGCUGCCUGGGAGGAAUUGUUAACUGAGGGCCAGGGUACCAGAAGAAGACCCUUGGAGUCUCAACUUCUCUACCUUCUUCUUCCCCUCCUCCUUCCACACCAGUUGGCCCCCGCAUCCAGGGGAAGGUGUAGGACACCCUAGCCAUCCCUACUGUAUAUAUUUGGGAGUUGCUGAGAAGAGAGGACAGCCCGCGAGUUGAAGCCUCGUUCCUUUCCUCCUCCUGCCUCCCAGAGCCACAGGAUGGAUUUAGGAGCCACUGAGCAGUGCAUUCCUCCCUCCUGGCCGCAUCACACCGUCCACCGGUUCUUACCGAGUCACAGACUUGCCUGACUGCUAUGUGUCCUGAGUUCUCUCUACUCAGAUGCUUUCCAGAAACUUGAUGGGUAGAGGAGGCCAGGGCAGCACAUGCGAGACCAAAUAAUCAUUUUGCCAAUGAGUCUGAGGCUGUGGUCUCUGGAUCCAGUCAUGAUGUUUUUAUAGAAUAAUUAAACCAGAUGCUAACGGUGUUUUAAAAAAAUAAUAAUAAGACAACUUGCUUCCUUUUGGGCCACCCCCAGGAAGGGCUGAUAUCAAAAUCUGGGGGUCAAGCAACCUCAAGGAACACAAUUCCCCUGCCCACCAAGAAGAGGAUUUUAACAGCGAAGAAGAGGCAGCACCUCUCAUUGGCAGAAUGACAGCUGAGCCGAGCUGGGGCUGGGUUUCCUUUCUUCUGAUUCUGCUGCUUACUGUCAUAGCCUUUGUGUAUAGCGAUGCGUCUGUAUCUUUAUGUAAAUAGAGAUGGCGAAAAGAGUAUAUUUUAGGGUUCGGAAGCCCCAGCGGGAGAGUCAGAAGAACUCACGAGAGGGUGGGGGAACUUCUCCAGGGGCCACUGGGAUUGAGCCCUGCUCUUGUGCACAGCACACCCUCCUCCCAACAGCCCCCAAAGACGUAGCAACUCUUUCUCUCAAGGUGCUAAAGGACUCAGAAAGUGCAGCACGUCCAGUGGGUAGGUACUUGUUGCAUGCAAAAGCUGUAGUGUGUCUGGUCCUCCCCCACCCCCACCCCAGCUAUUGUGUGGGGUUUUUGCUUUGUGUGGUAUGUUGUGUCCCACCCCCCAUCUGAUGAGAGGAAAUGACCUGGGUCAGAAGAGAUGCCCCAGGUAAAAUUGGAAACACAUUAGACAGCAUCUGUAGCAUUUCCAGCUUGUUCUAUAGAAACAGAACUGCCUCCAAAAGGAGGCAGGGAGCCUUGAUGGCAUGUACCUAAUGCUUCUCAAGGACUCUCCCUCCCCCGCUUUGGAUAUUAGUAGUUAACAUCUUAUGAUUUAGAAUAAGUUAAUUGUAACCAUAGGUAUUUAUUGAUUGGAGGAAGGGAGGGUCUUAUUAUUUUGGGCUUUAUUUAUGUAACAUCUGCUGGCUUGUAAAAGGCAAGUAUACGAUAUUGCAUCUUCAUUGUCCAAGGCUAAUUCACAUAGCUCCCCUUGCCACAGUUGUGAUGGAUGUAUGGAUGUUCUUGCACAAAUUGGAGGGAAUGGGAAAAACAAACAUUCAGCAACCACUUACUCAUUGAAUGUAUUGGAAGUGUGCUGAAGGGGCUGGAGAUGUUUUCCUCAGAUGAGGUGUGCAGUGGUGGCCCCCCAAAUGAUUGCACAUGUGCACUCUUUCUGCAAAGCCCUGGGAUCAAUUCCCAGGGCUCCUCCCUCAAAUUGUCUCCAUGGGAAACUUAACCCAGUGGCAAGUUGCACUUUGGUGAUCUUGGUCUACGCCCCCAUUCUGUGGAGAAUUGGUUUUCAUAAGCUGUGUACACACACACACACACACACACACGCACACACACGCACACUGACCCCCUACUGACAAAGACCCUGUUUCCUGGCAAAUGGCCUCCCGAACCCUGACUUUUUGUGUACAUAGUUGUAAACACGGAUCUUGUGGGUUUUGGUUCGCCUUCUUUUUUCCCCUCCCUGUCAUGGCUUGUGUUUAACCUGCUAGAUCUGUGUCAGCAGAACUGUCCCUGAGAGUCUGCCUCGGUGCCCCUGCGUGCGUGGUGGUGAAGCGAAGCAGCGGAGGAAGCGCCCUGGGUUCUCCCAGCUCUGGUGUGCACCAGUCCCUCUGCGUCAGUUUUCCCUGGCUCUUUGGCCAAAAAGAAAAAGAAAAUAUGGCUUGCCUGUGGGUGCCCCAGACCUUCCCAGGCGAGUCAAGAGCCACUGAGGAAUCAAGCACGGAGAGCACAUUUCUAUAUCUGCUUCUGGCUGGUUGCUUGCUGUCACUAGCAGCUUGCUGGGCUGGAUUAUGUCUUACCUUGAAAAGUGCCAGCUGGUUCCCACUUCUCUUAGACCUGGGACAAUGGCAGUUAUGCCUGGGACUGGGGUUGGUCCAGGACACUUUGCCUAGUUUGUUGUGACUGUUUGCCUCCCCCACCCUGAGAGUGGGUUUGUGAGGGCCGGCACUCCAGCGAGCACCCUGGGAACUGGGUCUGGGCUAGCAGAACCCUCUCAGAUGAGUGACAGGGUGCAACCGAGGCUCCUCUGAGAAGCCAGUGGGAAGUAAAGACUGGUCCCUUCUGUUGGUAUAGGCCCUUCACAGCUGACAGAAGGUACUCAUGUGGUGUGGGCUUGUUCGGUGUUGGGAGUCCACAUUGAUUCCUGCUGUGCAAUGAGUGGGACCCAGUUAGACAGAGUUACCUGAGGUUGCACACAUGAAAAUCAUGUCUGGCCAGAACCCAGUGACUGUCAUCUAAAAGCGUCACAUUCUCCUGUGCUACCCCAGGAAGUGUGUGAUGGGGUGCAGGGACACAACUUGGCACUGUACAGUUCACUAUGGCAUCCUGCAAGCUUCACUGGCCUUCUGGUUCAUGCCUUUGGUAAGCAUUUUCAUGCCCGCCCCCCCCUUACUGUGACCCUGGGUGUCACGUUGCAUUGCCGCUGUUUGGCUGUGGGUAGCUGCGCGUGUGCAGUGUCUUCUCUUGCUCUCUCUAACUUGCUGCCCCACAGUUUGGUUUCGUGUCGCAAGCAGUAAAGCUGUCCCCUGGCUCCCCCUCUACCACAUUCUUACUUCAUUUUCCCCUUCACUGUAGCCCCUUCUCACCCCACCACAAAAAGUUACCACAGAAGGUUUCCUUUGUAUAGAAUAUUUAUUUUGAAGCUCUAUUUUAAUAGUAUUUAUUUUAGAAAGUCUACUAUUGUAAGAGUUCUUCUGUUUGUGAAGAAAAAACAAGUUAAAAACUGAAUGUACUGAUCUAGAAAAUAUCUAUAAAUAUAUAUUGUUAAAUAUACACAGGACUGUUUUCUCGUGUGUUUGUGUGUUCAGUUUCUGGACAUCCUCACCCAGCAAGGCCCUUGUCUUAUCAGAAAACACUAGGCCACUGCACCAACUGCAGGGAGAUGGGUCCUUCUGGGGUGGGGCAGACCUCUGUCCUGCCUCAGGAUGACCUAAGAACCUUGGAGGAAAGCUUCACUUUAUUGGGGCACUGAUAAUCACCAGAUGCUGUGAAAUCCUCCUUCCUGGGCCAAUGGUGUCUCCUAUCCUGGGUGUCUUUGUAACUCAGACAAGAAAGCUCCAGAACUUGGAGGAGCUGGAGGUGGGGAAGAAUAAUCUGAUCUGUCCAUUUUCUGAAAAUUCUGCAUCUCUUCUCUUUGGCCCCGAAUCUCCCAAAUCCACAUGUUUCAGGAAGCCAAACAGAAAAGCCCUUGGUGACUUUCUCGUUUAUACUGGAUUGAUGAAUACUGUCCAAAGUCAGUUCCUUUGAUCACUAAAGCUUUCCAUCUACAUAAGUACUUGUCUUUGUCCUUCUCAUGUGCUUUCCAUUUGAUUUCCAUGUCCCCCAUCCCCCUGCGUACUCUCAAACUUGCUAAGACCCAGCCACUUCUCUUGUUUACACACCUGGGUGGACUUUUUCAUUACCUUUAAUUCAUAUGUCAAUCACAAUGAAAAUUGGAUUUUAUGCCUCUUGUUUUCUGAAAGAAAAAUUAAUAAUUUGUUACCAAUCAGUGGGAGAGGUGACAGCAAUGGGGGGAUGGGAAGGGAAAGAUCAGGAUCCCCAUGUCAGUUCUUGUUUUUUCUGGAGACACCAGAAAAAAACAGGCUCCUUUGUGAAAUACAAGCCUUGUUCCUUUGGAGACAUCCAAAUGCACGCCAAGGAUCUCCUGGUCACUGCCCAAGAAGGCACUUCGGGGUGUUCUUGUUUAUAAUGAAAGGCUUGGGCCUCCCUCUCUGUUGCCUGACCAUGUGGCCUCUCCCAUUUCCAGGAUGGACAAAGGUUAAUUAGUGCUUCAAGUCUUUCUUCCCCAUCAAGGUAAGUAACUGGCACUUGGGGAAUAGUUUAUUUUUAAUCAGCUCAGUCCUAAUUGGUGUCUACCACACUUUGUCUUGAAUUUCUUUUUGGACAGGGACACACAGUAGCCUCCCGGCACCCCCCCUCCCUCACUGGUUUUUCUACUUUGUUUCUGGAGCUUAGGAGAUUAGAAGCAACAGGUGUUGAGUGCUUAAAGUCCCACUCACCCAAAUGCUCUUGGGGAAAUGGAAGUUCAACUUUUCCGGAGAAUAAGUUCCAUGGGCUUCUAUUACGUUCCUAGAUAAGAGAAGGCUUUGGGGUGACAAUAGCGGUAUUUUCUUUUUUGCUUUAUGCUGAUGAUGUGUGGCAGAUACUAUGAUUAUUUCCCUCCUAGAGAUGCAGACAUUAAGGUCCAAAGAAGUCACCCAAUAUUCCAUGAGAGGUAGAAGGUAAGAACAAAAGGAUUUAGUUACUCAAUUUAGGGAUGAAGAACAUGAUGGAGUAGGUAGAAGGCUCCCCAGAAAUCCAGUGUAAAAAUGAACAGAAAGGAUGGGACUGGGGAUGAAGCUUGAUGACAUAGCACCUGCCUGGCAUGCACGAGCCCCCAGUUUCAAUCCCCAAUGUUAAAAAAACAAACAAACAAAAAGCACGGGGUGGAGGGGUGCAGACUUCAACCGGCUCUUUGUCCAUGACCACACAUCCCCUAAUAAGACAUCAGACCAGAACGGAUGGCCUUGGGGGCAGCUCUGGCAAUAACUAAAAUACACACAUGUACACACACACCUAGCCUGGUCAUCUGGUCAGGAGGCCCCAACUCUCUAGCUCUCCAGCCUGGAGAACCCACAACUUGACUGAGCUCAGCUUUUCUGAAGAACGCCUGUGAAGGAAUCACACGAACCCAGGCAGCAGGCUCCAUGCUGGAGGUGUGAGCCGGAGGAAAAGCCAAGCGGACAUUUUUAAGAGCCUUAAGUUUAUUCAUCGGAACUUUAAUAAAACAAUAUGUCCAUGGCCUGGGGCAGGUAUAAUUUUCAUAAUUUAUAGGUCUCUGAGACAGGAAGAGAGCUCAGGGUUUUAUUGUGUUUUGCACGAUAAAUGGCAUUCCAAUUAUCUACAUGAUGUUCUUAAGGACUCUUGUCUGGCAGCGGCACAGGCCUUCUGGAGCCCACCUGGGCCUGCAGGCCCGAGGCAAGGGGUAAUUAUGAAUACAUCUGUACGUGUUAAGCAGGAGAUGAUGGAAAAACUCCCUGGGUUCCUUCUGUCAUUAGAAGAUACUUCCUAUGCCGACACCUACAUUAACAUUUAACUGUUGCAAAAGUUUGGAGCCGUCCUUUUCUCUUCCUCUCCCUCUCUCCCUUGCGCUCCUUGACUGUAUCUGAAGAAAUUCCGGUGAAGUCCUGACUGGCUUCCUUCCCUCCAUUAGGCAUGGUGGAGAGGUAGCUCAGGGCUCAGAGCAAAAACUCCACCAGCCACGGAGUGAGGUCACAGAGCUGUGGGGGAGGUUCUGAUUGGAAUCAGUAGUUGGAGAGCCUGCAGACUGGUGCUCUGUGAAGCCUUAGGGUAACAGACCAAGUGGCCUCAGGAAAUAAUUACAGAGGAUACCACUUCUGAGCACAGAUGCAGAUUCUUGUUUACAAUCCUGAAAACAAUUAAACUAGGUUGAUACAAUCAGCCUCAUUAUAGAUGAGAAAAUCAAGGCUCAGAGAUUAAGUUGCUUGCCCAAGGACCUACAUGAGUUGAUAAGUGUUAGACCUGGGAUUCCAACCUAGAGGAUCUGCCUUCAAAGCCAGUGCACAGAACACUAAGAAGCUUUUAUAACUAUUAGACCAAACCGUGGAUCACCUACUCUGGGAUAUCUCCUGUGUCCCCAGAAAGAGGUUUUCUUCCCCAGGGUUUCUAUAGACAUCAAUAGAAUAGGUGGUUUAUUUAAACCAAGAAUACUUCCACUGUAACUGAGAUGGGACUGAACCUGGGUCUCACCAGUGAACCACCAAUGCCCCUUAUAAAAUACUAAGGCCCCACCAUUAAGCUGCUUGGGUUGGAUCCUGUGUGACCACACAACAUGGCUACCAUCCCUCCUGGCAUUACUCAGAACAGCAUUCCCGAUUUCCUCUGCAAUGGAAAGAAAUUACUGGGGCUGUCAUGGCUAGGGACAGUGUUUGGGGACAGGCGAUAGAAGGAAUUGUAAAUUGCUUCAGAUAAUUUAAAAAGUCAAGGUCUGUUGGCUUCGUGGGCAGGUGAGGAGAGGUGAAUACACAGGACAGUGGGCAUGGGCCACACCUCUGCACUGCCAGGUCAGAGACGUCUUCCUCUUCAUGCCAGCAUUGGUGAAAAUGGACGGAACAGAGGACCAGAAAGCCAAACUGGUCAGGGAGGAAUGGAAGGUACUGGGGUAGGGGUUGGGGACUCCCCAUGUUGGAAUUAGCACCCCCAACCCUCCAGGCCCUCCUUGACCAUUUCUCGGGCACUGAUCCAGCCAGCCCAGGGUUACUAUAGCACUCUGUGUCCAUCUAGGCAGGUCACUUUCCAGUGUGGACGUGGCUUUUAAGAAGAGACUGCUGCUCCCAUAAGGCCACUCUUAGGAAAAUGUGGUGAAGAGCACAGAGCCUAUGGUCCUCCACUUGGGUCCCCCUCAUCUACUGCCUUCACCGACUCUGGUGUUAGGAGAGUACACUGGGAAGGGUCCAGAACUUUAGGCACACUAGGUGAGUACUCUACCGCUGAGCUGCACCUUCAGCCUCAAAUGUAGUUAGAUUAGACUCAGCCCCGCACUGAUAAUGUAUUAGUUUCUUAAGGAUGGGAGAGCAGGAAACAGAAGAACUCAGCUCUGCUCUCCUCUCAGCCUUGGUGUCUCCAUCUUCAGCCUGGCAGUCUGGACCACCAGAAAAGCAGCAAGUCACGAGCUAUCCAAGUAUGGAGGUGCAGGCCUGUGAUCCCAGCCAUCCAGGCAAGGAGGAUCGUAAUUUCAAGGCCACCAACCUGAGCAACAUAGUGAGACCACAUUUCAAAAACAACAUAAAAGUCACAUACUGUUGGCCUACAGUGUUCUCAAAAACUGGGCUCGUCAUCAAAAUUAAGGUUUCCCUACCCAGAUAUAAAACUUCUCUUGAAAGAGAACUGGCAUUCCUGGUGUCCAAUUUUUUUGUUGUUGUUUGUUUUCCUUGUUUUUUGUGUGUGGUGCUGGGGAUUGAACCCAGGGCCUUGUGCAUGUGAAGCAAGCUCUCUACCAACUGAGCUAUCUUCCCUGGUGCCCAUGCUCUGUGGCGGUGAUUGGUUGGAGCUGCUCUUCUCAAACUAGGCAUCAUCCUGUCCUUUCCUCAGCCUCAUCCCCCUUUGAUGGCCUGAGUCCCCUGGGCUGAAUGCCAGUUGCCAUCCAUCAUUGUGUUAGCACCUGAUAUCACUUAUACCUAGCUUGCUUCUCUUCUGUCACCUUCCUGGGGCCCUGCUUUUGAUGCUGGCUGGUGUCAAGUCUGAUUGGCCUCCCUGGACAGCUUACCUCAAGACAUCCUAAUACCUCAACCCCUGCCUGGGGGCUUCCUAAGGAUGCAUGUCACUCAGAUGGCAGAUCCAAGAGACCAAUGGCCUAGGAUUUGUGAGGUGGAAGAUAAGUUUCGGUGUGUUUUUGCUUUCUGUUUGAGGCAUGCUUUCUGGAUUCUCAGAAGAGUACGCGACCUCCUCAAAAUAUUAAGCAUCACUGGGUCCAAUCCACUCACCACCUGGAUAGGCAUGGGAGACCCUGAGAGGAGACGAGUGACCCACCCAAGGUCACUCACACAAAGAGCCUUAGUGGCAAAGCCAAGAAUAGGAAACAGAUUUUCUACUCUUUAGAAAAGAGACAAAUUUUUCUUUAGGAAAACUGGUUUUCAAGCAUUUAUGAACCAUCUUAAAGUGUCUCCUGCAAAAGAAAAAAAAAAAAUUAUCCAAAAGUGAUCAACCUUGAUGAGUGCUAUGGUUGGGAUACCAGUUAUUCUCUCCAAAACUGAGGUUGAAAUUUGAUUGCCUUUGAGGUGAUUGAUGUUGGGAGGUCACCUUUAAGAGGUGAUUUGAACCAGGUGUGGUGGCACAUGCCUAUUAUCCCAGCAGCUUGGGAGACUGAGACAGGAAGAUAGCAAGUUCAAAACUAGCUUCAGCAACUUAGUAAGUCCCUAAGCAACUUAGUGAGAUCUAUCUCAAAAUAAGAUAAGAAAAAGGCUGGGGAUGAGGCUAAGUGGUUAAGUCUAACCACUGGUUUCAGUCAAGAGAUGAUUGGGUGAUUGGGUCAUCAGGCCUCUGCCCUCAAGAUGUAUUAACCCAUUCAUUUCAUGAAUUAAAGACGAAUAGAACUGGGUGUUCUAUUAGCCUGAAAUCCAGAUACUUGGGAGUUUAGGAGACUGAGGCAGGAGGAUCACAAGUUUGAGGCCAGUCUGGACAACUUAGUAAGACCCUGAACUGAAAUUAAAAAAAAAUUUAAAGGGCUGGCAAUGUA